AUGACCCUCGCUUCGUCGCCCCGGCAGAACAUCGAGGCGCUGCUGGGGCGGCGCGCAAUGACCAUCAUACCCAAAGACCAGCAAAAGAUUCUGUCCAAGAACGGUUCUUGGAAAGUAGACCUGACUGAACGCGAGGGCGUGCCCUUGGUUCCAUCCCAUGUGCUGGAAACUGUGAGCGAGACCUUUUUACGAACACCAAAACAGGGCCUGGAGCACAAGACGCCUGCGAAGAGCUCGCAAUCCAGGCCGCAGGAUGGAAACAUCCUACAAAGCAGCAGCAGCAGCAACAACGGCAACGGCAACAACAACCCUCCUGAAUCUGUUGUGAAAAACAGCAAAGAGAAUCAGUCAUCGCCAGGAAGCACCGUAACAUCAUGGGCCGCCUCCUCUCCUCCACGGCCAUCUCCGUCAGCUGCACCGUCGACCUUCGAGUCCCAGGUAAUUCAGGAAACCCCCUUGCUUGGCGAUGGGACUCGAAAUCACAGCCCGAGAAGAGCCUCGCAAUCUCAUUCGCGGCAAGUAGCACAGAAUGCUCAAGCCACUGGGGAGGAGGAGAAAGACAAUGUCGACGACGAAGAGGAAGUGGCCCUGGAAAUGGCCCUGCCGCAAGCUCAUGAAGAAUCAGACGCGCGGGUCAACCUCGAAGCAGCCCGUUUGCAAGUAGCAUCCACUCCCGCCCUGACCGUCACCCAAGCCACAGAGAGCAAAACGCCGUCGUGCGCCCAACCUCACCAGCAAGUCAUCCCAGAUAGCGUCACGACGAGCAAAACUGCCAUUUUGCCGCAGCAGAAGCCGGAACAGAGGCCGCGACGCAGAACUAAGCCAUACGGCAUUUACGACCAUGCACCGCGGAAAUCAGAGAGCUCCUCCACCAGGCUGCCCAACACAUGGCGCUUACCAGACGUCGAAAGCUCAAUGUCAACUUGCUCCAGUUCGGUGGUUCCAGGAACUCGGGCUACAUCUUCGACAGCAAAUUCUCACAGGGAUCCUUCCCCCGGCGCGCCUUUACCUGCAAAGGAUACGCUCCAGCCGAAUCCGAGCGCCAAACCUCCUAGCAACAAUGGAGCCAUCUCGGCUACCGAGCCUCCAAGCAACUCGAUGAGGGAUAAACCCAGUCAUCAAGAACCUGUCCUAGAGCCUGCACCGACAGAUUUGUUUUCCCAGUUUGUGUCCACGUACCCCGACUACGCAUCUACACAUUCUGGCUCUCUGAAGAAUUUCGUCAAAGCUUGCCUCUGCCUCGAAUAUCUGCAAUCGCAAAGAGCGCUCCGCCCAUGCCUCUAUGACGACUUUAUCCGCUUGUUUUCAGGGGCGUACCUGAAGUAUGUAAUGAAUGCUGGUCCUGGACAAGAGCCGCUCCCGGCGAUUGAGUGGUUCAGCAUGCAGGACGCUCCGCCAGUGUUCACCAAAAUGAUCAUCACCAGAAAGAACCUCGAAUCCGCUCUGGGGGUGUACCCCGAGGAGGUUGCGCGAGCGAGGCGUUUUAUUGCACACGAACAGGCAGGAAGCGAAACACUGCAAAAGAAGGCGGUCGCCACGCAGCCAAGCAAGCCAAUUCGCACAAGCGAUGCAACGGACACGGAUGCUUCCUCGGUCAACAGUAGCGCCUACAUUGCCAUAUUUCGAAAGACUGGCGAGUCGCAAGAGACCGGCCGAUCAUCUAGAUCGAUUCCGUGA